CACGAGUGCGGCAGCACCCUCAGGGUCACCCCUGAUGCUCUAGUCUACAGUACAAGCUUAAACUACAACCCAGUUCCUCCUGGCAACCCUGUCAUCAUCCGCACCAGCCCUGCCAUGGUUCCCAUAGAGUGCCACUACCCAAGGAGGGACAAUGUGAGCAGCAAUGUUGUCAAGCCCACGUGGGUGCCCUUCCUCUCCACCCUGUCCUCGGAGGAGAAGCUGCCCUUCUCCCUGCACCUCAUGAAUGAUGACUGGAGCGCUGAGAGAGCCUCCACCAUAUUUCAACUGGGAGAGGUCCUGCACUUCCAAGCUAGUGUCAACAUGGAGAACCACGCACCUCUGAGGCUCUUUGUGGACAACUGUGUGGCCACCCCAACCCCGGACAGGAGCUCUUCCCCCCAGUAUGCUUUCAUUGACUUCAGUGGGUGCCUGGUGGAUGGGCAACUGGAUGAUGCCACCUCAACCUUUAUAUCCCCAAGGCCCAGGCAAGAUGUGCUGCAGUUUGCAGUAGAUGCAUUCAAGUUUGCAGGAGACUCCAGCAACCUGGUCUACAUCACCUGCCAGCUGAAGGUGUCCCUGGCUGCCCAGGCUCCAGACCCUCUAAACAAGGCUUGCUCCUUCAACAAAGCCAGCAACCUCUGGGCCCCUGUGGAAGGCACCCCGGAUGUGUGUUCCUGCUGUGAGAUGAGGAGCUGUGGCUUGGUCAGGCACUUCAGGAAGCCCCACUCUCCAUCCCGAUGGCAAGGGGGACGUGCCCGGAGAGAGCUGCCCUCCCAGCUUGAUCCCUUGGUGAAAGAAGCAGAUGUUGUGGUGGGACCCCUCUUCAUCCACAGCUGGCAGCAUCACCCAGUUGGAAGGAUGCCUUCACAAGAUGCAGCCCAACUGUGGAUUGUUUUGGGGCUGGCCAUGGUUGCUGGUUUGGUCAUCCUGAUCCUCACUGUUGUAGGGGCUCUGGCUGCCUGCCGGAAGCCCAGCAACCCUGUUUAA